ACAGGCAAAGCUCAGUUGCUGGACGUCAUGGAUGCAGACAAGAAGCACGCAGUUCUAAGAGAAGGAUUCCUGGUGAAGAGGGGUCAUAUUGUGCACAACUGGAAGGCUCGCUGGUUUGUGCUGAUGCCAGACAAGCUGCUGUAUUAUAAAUACGAAGGAGGCAGAAGAGACUCGUGUCAGCGAGGGAAGAUCCCACUGAAGGACUGUGUGCUGACUUGUCCUUUUCUAGAAUGCGAAAAUCGUCCGUUGGUGUUCAAGCUCCACACAGCGAACGGGGUAGAUCAUUUUCUGGAGGCCUGUUCAAGAGAGGAGCGAGACGAGUGGGCCGCUGACAUCACGGCUGCAGGCGACAAGCUACAGACGUCUGAUGGAGGGAAGAUGGCGAACCAGGAGGAACCUGCGUCUCCACGGUUACGCAACAUUGACCUCAGCAAAGUGCUGGACUCCAUGUACGAUGUUCACAGUGGAAUCGACAUGAGCAGCCAUGUGGAGCAGGGCAGCACCUACAGCAACUGUUUCUCAGGUUCAGCCGUAGUGGACUGGCUGGUGUUCAUGCAGCUGGCUGGGACCCGUGGGGACGCCGUGACCUUGGCCACGGCCCUGCUGGAGGAGAAUUUUCUGCGGACUGUGGGAAUAAGGAGCGUGGAGGCCCUCCGCACCGCCGGCCUCACCCAGCAGUUCAUGGACGACUCCACUGCCUUGUACAGCUUCUCUGACAGUUUGAAGAAGAGAGGAAGUGUGAAGGCAGAGACGUCACUGUCUGCAGUCGAGCUGAGUGGACAAGUGAUAAAAAGAGGAUAUCUGCUCAAACAGGGACACCGAAGGAAGAACUGGAAGGUGCGACUGUUUGUGCUGCGUUCAGAACCAUCCUUCCUUCACUACUAUGAUCCCACAAAGGAUGAGCUCAGCCCCGCUGGCGGCUUCUCUCUGCGCAGCUGUCUGGUGUCGUCUCUGGAUGAUAACGGAGUUCCCUCAGGUGGGUUAACCAGAACAUGUUAA